UCCAAGUAGAACAAACUAAACUGACUUAACUCAAAAGUAUAACCCAUAGUAAGAACCAAUCGGUAUAAAAAUAUUGACUUAAUAUGACUUUAGAAUAGUGAAAGUUAAUUUAAAUAUUGAAUAAAAGUGGCACAAUAUGUUAUAAUGGAAUAUAUUAUAGAGCAGUAGUAUUUUAGAUCGAAGAUUAACAAGUUUUAACAUUUGAAUGAAGCGGUAGUUUUAAAAGUUUUGUAUAUAUACUCUAGUGUGUUAAGUGUUAGUAAAUAUGACUGAAAAGUUAAAUGAAUAUCAAGGUGUGACAGGAAGGUUCCAUGGAGUGCGUGAUAAAUAUAAGGAGAAGUGGAAUCAGUGGAAAGAAGAGCAUCCAAGAGGUAUUCGGGAGGUGAUCAGGGAUCUACUGUUUGGUGUGCCAUCAUCUGUCGAAGGGCCAGAUCGGGAGUAUGACAAUAGCGAAUAUAGAGAUAUAUUUAGGAGAAAGAACAGAGUGGAACUAAUGAGGAUAUCAGCAGCGGUCAUGGGCAUAGAGUUCUCCUACGCCGGAGAGACAGCCUUCGUCUCUCCAACACUGCUGCAGAUUGGAGUGCCCCAUGAACAGAUGACGCUAUUCUGGGCGUUGUCACCAAUUGUCGGAUUCUUUAUGACCCCACUUCUGGGUUCUUUGAGUGAUAGAUGUAAUUCAAAGUAUGGAAGAAGAAGACCGUUUAUUGGCUUACUUUCACUUGGUGUUUUUCUUGGCCUCAUUCUUGUACCAAAUGGAGAGGAUUUGGGAUACAUGUUUGGAGAUUUACCACCCAUGAAUCGGACAAUGGUCCCACCAUCUCUGGGUCCCAGGAGUGCAGCUUUGGACAAACCAGGAAGCAACAAGCAUCCAUGGGGAGUGUUGUUUACAGUUUUAGGAACAAUCUUGCUGGAUUUUGACGCUGACGCGUGCCAGAGUCCUGCCAGAGCAUAUCUUCUUGAUGUUACAGUACCAGAGGACCACGCUAGAGGGCUCAGUACGUUUACUAUUAUGGCAGGCUUGGGAGGUUUCAUGGGAUACGCACUUGGUGGAAUCAACUGGGAUAAUACAAGCUUAGGUGAUUUCUUUGGCGGCCACGUAAGAGCAGUGUUCUCCCUCAUCACAAUAAUAUUUAUUGUCUGUGUGUCAGCAACGAUUACCAGUUUCAAAGAAAUACCUCUGUAUGAACUGCAUCAGUACGAAGAGUUCAGAAAGAGCACAGAACAGCCAGUGCAGAUGGUUGAUGAGGGACAGGGGGAGACCGAUGGGUUCAGGAAGGAUACAGCGGGGUACGGUGCUUUGGAACAAGAGGAGUUGCAGUCACAGCCUAAUGGAUUACCAAUGCCAGAAGUUGGCCAUGGGCAGCCUCUCACUUUGGGACACUACCUGAGAUCUAUCGUGGUGAUGCCCAUCUCUCUCCGUAUCGUUUGUCUGACAAACCUAUUCUGCUGGAUGGCUCACGUCUGCUACUCUUUGUACUUCACGGAUUUCGUGGGAGAAUCUGUCUUUGGAGGUGACCCAGCUGCGCCAAUUGGUAGCGAAAAAAGAAUAAACUACGAAUCAGGAGUCCGCUUUGGGUGUUGGGGAAUGGCUAUGUACUCGUUGUCCUGUGCAUGCUAUUCUACAAUAAUUGAAAAACUGAUAAGGAAACAUGGGGCUAAAAAGGUUUACGUCGGUGGUCUCUGCACCUACAGCUGUGGUAUGAUGCUGCUGUGUAUCCUGCGAGCACCUGCCGCCGUACUGCUCUUCAGUUGGACAGCUGGUGUCAUGUACUCCACACUCUUCACAAUGCCCUAUCUCCUAGUUGCGCAUUAUCACGCUACAGGGAUGUGGGACAGUAGCGGAGGAGCAGCUAACGAGCAGCGUGGUAUCGGCACCGACGUGGCUGUGGUCAGCAGUUGUGUCUUCGUUGCACAGCUCCUGGUUUCCUUCAUAAUGGGACUAGCGUUAAAGGUCACAGGAUCUACAGCUGCAGUGACCGCUGUUGCAUCUACUUUAGCUGCGGUAGCUGCUUUCACAGCAACUAAAAUUACUUAUUUAGAUUUGUAAAUUCAUCAUAAUAAGCAAAGAAAACAAACUCUGUUCUAAGUUUGAUCAAAAUGAUUGAAGUCUAUCAAAAACGGCGUUAAUCUGUUAAGGAAAUUAUAUCAUUCAUUAAAUAUAGAACGCGCAAAAAUGUUGAUGAAGCUAAGACGAUUCCUGGCCUGAUCACUAAUAAUUGUCGUUUAUUUUCGCAAGUUAACAGCGUUUGCUUGAAAACUUAAAUGUUUUGUUUAUUAUCUGAAUUUGAAUUUGAAACUCAUUAGGAUAUUCUAAAAUAAAUUUUUAAAUAAGGCUUUUUGAAUUUGCAAAUAUUACACGCGCUGUAAUAUGUGUGUAGAGCCAUAGUUCAUGAUUAACAGUUAGACCAAUUAGCAUUUUACCAUUUAGAUACCUGUACAUUUUUUACAGACAAGGCACAAAAUAUAAUCCAUUUUACUUGAUGAUUAUUGAUUACUACACAGUAUGACUAGUACACAGUCAGUCCUAAAAGGAGAUGAAGUACCUCGCUAGACUGGCAAAUUACAUACAAGUACCACAUUAAGCAGGGAAUAAUAUUAAACACAGCUAAAAUCAUCAAUAAUUUCAUCCCUUACCAUAAUAGUAAACAAUUUGUUUUCUCAAUUUAUUUUUAAUAUUAUUUUAAAAGAGAGUGACGCGGGAUUAUCGUUAGGUAAAGAACCCAUGAGAAGAUUCGAUCUGAUAGAUCUUCAUAUUAAAAUUCUAACACAAUGUGUUAAGAAAGAAAAUCAAAUAUAAGAAAGACGAUCUGUCUGUGCCUCUUGCCCAUAUUCAGCAAUGAUGUAGUUGUUUUUUCUAUCCAUUUAUUUUAAGUAGAUUUUAAAUAAUCGAUAGGUUAAGACAAUUCUGUACUUUAUUUACGAAUCAUAUUUAUUUAUACUGUGGUUAGUACCUUUAGCAAUGUUACUUAGUAGUAUAGCUAGAUGGUAAUAUUUCAGUAAAUUAGUUACGCAUGAAAUUUUUACUAUAAUUUAUAAAAAAGAUCUCAUUUUUAUAUACUUUAGUGUAAUUUUUACUACGUUGGUAUAUUAAAUUAAGUCACAAUUUCUCCUUAGUUUGUACUGUAGAUUUGAGUUUAAUAUUGUUGUACUUAAGCAGUCUUUAAAUGUAUAAAUGUUAUAAAAUUUUAAAUUCUUUGUAAAGCUGUUUCUAUAAUUAAAUCAUUAGUUAUAUAUGUAAGAAGAUGUAUUUCACUAAUUAUUUUUUAAGCUAUUGCAUAGCUUCUAUCGCGGGCCUUGAGCGUGGAGACCAAAUCCAGAAUUCCGUAACGAAAAUAACCUAACACCUACUUACUAGAUGUAUAUAGAUAUUUCGGCACGGUCAUUACAGUUGCCGCGGAACAGCGAUUAUCACGUAUGCUUUUUGUGCAGAAGAUCCCAGGUUCGAGCCUGGGUACAUCUUGAUUUUUUUUAAUUUCUUUAUUUUUUAUCACGUUUUUUUAAUUUUUAGUAUUAUGCCAAGCAUUUUUAUUUAGUUUCACCUGUCCCGUUGUCUGUCUGUAAUCAAAUCUUGCAAUUUAAAUUUUACCCACUUCCCGUUUGCUUUUUUAAAAUUAAUAUUAUCAAAAAAAAAAUACUGCAUAAAUAAAAUAAAUAAAUAAUUAUAAUUGCAUAAGUUGAUAAAAAAUGCUAUGCAAUAGCUUUACCGCGGCGGACCCGAGUGCCACAUGUCUUUUUUUUUACUUAUUGGGUAAAUACGCCCUAUGUCUAAAAUUGAAUCAGCAUUAAGUUUGUAUUAUUCAUACAUGUACAUAAUAUAUAUUAUCAUUAGAUUAAAUUAAAAUUAAUUAAUGUAUUAUAGAUACAUAACUUUUGAUAGUUUUAGGCAAACGUCUUAGCAAAGUGUAUAUGUGUAUAAAUAUACGUUAUAUUACAAGUAAAAGUUUGAUCAGACUGGUCAAUAAUAAUUAUUACUAUGAAUAAUUAUGUUCAUUAAAAAAAAAAUUAUUAAAGUAUUAAAACUCGUAGAACCUGCUGUAUUUCUACAUAACGGUUUGACGUAAAAGUUACAUUUGCAUUCAUAUUUAUUUAGCCCAACUUAAAGGUAUUUUAUUUUAUAUACAUAACACUCCCGCUGUUGCAUUUUAAAAUAAGCAAUGUCGAAACUUUGUGUGAUUGUACCAUAUUAUUCUGUUUAAUUAUUAUUCGAAUUAACUGUAUGUAACGUACGUUCUUAUGAAAUAAAGAUAAAUUUUUAGUGGAAAAUAUUGAUAUUGUUAAUGAAUUCGUAUAAUAUAAUAUGCUUCAUAUAAAAUAUAUAUUUCAUAGAUAAUGAAAAUUAUAUUAAUAAUUAGAUAGUGUACUUGUUAUUACUGUUUUACACUGUUUUCAUUAACCGGUGCAUGUUCAAAUAAACCUCUUAUGUUUUAAUUCUAUAGUGUGAAAUCUAUCCCACUUCUGAUUUCUGAAAAUUAUUGGGCAAUAUGCUAUAAUUAGAGAUUAACUUCGUGUCGGGUUUUUUGGUACGUACGACCACAAAUAUGUGACUGUGACAAAGCAAUUGGACAGAUAAUCCAUCUGCUCAGAAAAAAUAAAUAAUUUUUAAAAGAUAUUUUAUUUCUUCCGCGAUGACAACAAACUAGAUUCAAGUUUACAUUGUUUCCCUUCUUACAUAAUUAUUACAAAUCUUAUUAGACUCAUUAUAUUCUAGAACAAAAUCAAUUAUUUGCAUUAUUAUAAUCCUUUGACUACUGUUCAUGUCUAAAACUGUCUUAGUACCUCGGUGCCCGUUUUGGUAUUUUUUUUUAAUAUGCUAGUACUUGUACUCCGGAUUCUUCAUGGUUAAUGUGUGUAGUUUUUGCUUUGAACGAUCCGAAAUUCAAUGUUUGUGAAACGGCUUAAUGUAUAUAAAAUGAACUUAGUUUAAAAUGAUUAAAAUUGAAAAUGUUGCAUUUAAAUUAAUUAAAGGUUUAAAAUGAUUAAAAUUGAAAAUGUUGCAUUUAAAUUAAUUAAAGGUUUAAAAUGAUUAAAAUUGAAAAUGUUGCAUUUAAAUUAAUUAAAGGUUUAAAAUGAUUAAAAUUGA